AUGGAUUCUCAGGAUUUGGUUAUAAAUGCAAAUGAUUUGGAUAAAAAUUCCAGUCAACAUUCCAGCGAUGAAUUGAGUAAUGUUAGUGAUAACAAUGAUACUGAUAAUGGUGAUAAGGAUAAUAGUGAUGAUGGUUCAAGUAUUUGUAAUAAUGAUUCUGAUAUAAGUUGGUCAUCAGAAAUAGAAAUGAAUUAUCAAAAAAAUAAAUGUGCAUCACAAUUAUUGCUACUAAAUCAACAAUAUUAUGAUAAAAAUGAUACAUUAUCAAUUGCUAAUGCUGGAAAUGUUGAUAACGAAAUAGCAUUAUCACUUUGUCAUAGUAAUACGUCAAAGGAUGAUAAUUUAAAUAGUGAUAGCGAUGAGGAAUUUGCUGUACAUGCAUAUGAAAAAAUUUAUGCAAAUAAUACAUUUAUUACAAAUAUGCAUAAUGGUAAAUGUUUGAAUGAUGAUUUUAUUAAAAUGCAAUCAGUAAGUGACGAUGAAACUACCGCAUCUUCUGCACCAUAUUUUUCACGAAAUAAUUAUCGGACAGCAAUAUUUAAGACAAAAUCAAAUACAAAUGUAAGCGAUAAUUGGUCAACAACAGCAAAUAAUUUCAAAUAUGGAAUAAAUUUUGAAAGUGAUGAUGAUUUGGAAGCAAGAUCAUCACCAUUUACCUGUUGCUGGUCAGCACCAGAAUUUAUUGUUGACAAUGAGCGACAGUCAUCUGUGGAAUUAUCAAGUUCACAAGAAGAUGCUUGUUUUAAAUUUGAUGAAAAUUUUGCAAAUGAAAAAUGUGAACAACAAACUUUGCAUUGUGCUAAUUUAUAUGAUGAGUAUGAUGAAGCAAUGCGUACAAGUAUUUUGGAUUUUAAUACUGGAUCAACUGGAGUUAAUAAUAAUUUAACACAUUUAAAUUUACCAUUAAAUGUGAUGGUGACAUGUCGACGAGUAAUCUCUGAAAAUGACUCACUUUGUAUGUAUGAUGCUAGUCCAUCACCACCACAUCAAGAAGAGGAAAUAAGUUUUGUUGAUGAAUUAACAGAAAUGAAUGAAACUGUCAACAAAUGGACACCCGAAGCUCUUCUAAAUUUUGCUAAAGAAACUUUCGGGGAAAAUUCUGAAACUGAAAGACAAUUAAAUGGAAAAUAUAAUAUAACAUCAACAAUUACAAAAAUAUCAAAAUCACUUGGAAAUUUACAUUUGUGGGAAACGGAAAUGGGUUGGAUUACAAGAAAACCGUCAGUAAUGGAUCAUUCCGGAAUAGUUAUGCGUCAAAGUAUUAGCUGUCAUGAUCAGAUGAUUACGUCAUACGUGGAUUGUGUUAUACAAAAUCAUUAUAAUAGAUGUUCUUCACCAGAUUGUCGUAAAUAUGCUUCUAAGCCAGAUACAUUGAAAAAGCAAAUGAUGACAAUGAAUAGUGAAAGUGAUACGUCAGAUGACGAAUGGAUUCGAUGCGUGGAUGACGUACCAUUAGAUGAAACACUUAACACUGAUAAUCAUUCACGUAACGAAAUUUAUUCUCAAGUUAGGAAAUUAACCGCUGAUGAGGAAAUGAUAAAAGUGACGAAUCAGAUGGAUUAUUUAAAUGAUGAUGAAUUCUUAUCAUAUCAGUCAAAAUAUCAGCAUACUACUUUGAAUGAUCCAAUGCAACGUAGAUCAUAUUCAUUAAAUAUUUUGGAUAAACUACCAGAAGCACUGAUCGAUUUGGAAAAAGAAAGAUAUUUAUUCAUAACAAAAAUGAUUACUACUGCUGAUAAGGAGCACUAUUAUGCUGAUAUUCGAGAUUUAUCAAAUUUCAAUCAACAUGCAAUCUACUAUACAAAUAUGAGUGAUAAAAAUGAUCUCGAAUAUGAAUCAGAUGAAAGUAUUAAAAGUGAUAGUGAUAAUAAUGACAAUGAGAUUGAUGUUAUUGAUGAUUUUAAUGAUGAUAAUGAUAAUGAUCAUGAUAAUCUUGAUGAUGAUGAUGACACAUUUACGGGUCAUAUUCUUCCGGUUCAAAGAAGCAAAUUACCGAAUUUUUAUGAAUUUACAUUUGAUAUUAAAAAGACAAUUCAUAAUGAUACUACAAAAUUACUAUCAAAUAUUGAUAAAAAUGUUUAUCCAGUUAUUGAAACGUAUAAACCAGAAAUUGAUGAACAAAUAAUGAAUUCAACGGUAACUUUAUGGGAUAAUUGCUGUGAAUAUGCUCAACAAAUAAAUGAAAUUGCUCGAGUUUGGAUUCAAAAAACAUCGGAAACAUCAAAUAUUAGUGAAAUGAUUAACACACAACAAACUUCGACAACAAUUUCUCCAAAAUCUGAUAAUUUAACAAAUUCCACAAUGGAAGCGAUCGCAUUGAAUAAUCAAUGCUUACCAGCUUCAUUACCUGUUGAUGUAUUACCUGGAAAAUUUCUCACUCAUUCACCAUUAUCAACAGUAUCAGUUGUUCAUCGACGUUUACCACCACUACCAAUUAAUUCAUUAUCAGCAAAUAUUAUCACUACUCCUAUCACUACUCUUAUCACUACUACUACUACUGCUACUACAACAACAGCUACUACUGCUUCAUUAUCUGAACAUCAUUUCAAUUCAACGACAUCAUCUCCGAUGUCAACAAAUUUAUUCUCACCAUCAACAAUUGUUUCUUCUCCCAUUCAACAACAAGUUACUAAAGAAGAUCAUAGGAUUUGCUUUGGUACUGACUCAGUGAUGAGUCGUUCAGUGCUACUGUUUGAUGAUAAUAGCUACUAUGAUGAUAAUAAUCUUAAUGAUAAUCAAAUUUCUUCCAGAAAAGAUGACUCAUCCGGUGUGUCAUCCUGUUGUACAGGUAUUGUUGACCAGUUCAAUCCAACUCAUCGAGUACAUUCUUCAUUUAUUCCACGACACGAUGAUGAGGUACUGCUGGAAAUUGGUGAUGCAAUUCAUGUUGAAAGGGAAUGUGAAGAUCACUGGUGCUAUGGUACAAAUCUACGAACCAACCAACAUGGCAUCUUUCCAUCAGCACAUGUUUGUGAAAUUGAUUUAGUUGAAGAAAUUUGCAUGGGAGCAUUACCAAGUAAUGUUAAUCAAACGAUGACAAAUGAACGUGACACAUUUUAUUUGACAAUGUUAGCAUCAAUUGAAGUUGCACAUCAUAAAGGCAAUGAUAUACUUAUACAAGCUAUGAAUAAGGUACUUGGUGUUUAUCAAAAUAAGGAAGAAAUAAUAGUACCACAAACAGUACUAAUGGAAGUAUCAUUUCGUGGUAUACAUAUUAUUGAUAAACGACGAAAGAAUUUUUUUCAAUGUCCUACAUUUGAUUUCUUCUAUAGCUUACAAAAUAUUUCAUUUUGUGGUGCACAUCCAAAACAACUUAGGUAUUUUGGUUUUAUAACUAAACAUCCAUUAUUACCACGUUUUGCUUGUCAUGUUUUCUUGUCAAAUGUCUCAACACAACCAAUUGUUGAAUCGAUCGGACGUGCUUUUAAGCGUUCAUACGAUGAAUAUAUGGCAUUUGCGCAUCCAACAGAAGAUAUUUAUCUUGAAUAA